AUGUCAGGAUGGGGAAAGAAAGCGCGGACGGAGGGAGGAGGACGAUCCGACCUUGGAAUUGCCGGGGAUCAUGGGAUUGCCGUGGCGCCGUACCAGCUUGGCGGAAGGCGCUGGUAUUCCGCUUUUCGUGGGAUGGAGGGGUCUGUGGUCGGAGGUCUCGGCUGUGCUGAUUCACGACAGGUCCACAUGCCACGUCACAGCUCCGUUUUAUCCCGACGCCUCUCCUCCACGACCCCCCCUCCUCCUGAAGAACCCAAGCCGAAAAACUACGAGCACUACUACCCCAAGAGGAAGGCAGAGGAAGAGGGACGUCCCGCUGCUGCUGCUCAGACGCCAGGCGAGAAACCUCAAGCCAGCGGGCCCCAGCAGGAAGCAGCAACAGCAGGCGGAGCAGGAGGUGCAGGAGGAGGAGAGGGGGGAGAUGGCAAGAAGGCAGACAGUAGCAGCGGCGGCAGUGAGGACGGCAACAAGAAAGGGCAGAACUUUUGGGAUGAGGCGUUUCCUAAGGACUUUCAGAACAGCCUUUACCCGCUGCUAUCCGCGGCGUUUUUCCUGUCACUCACGUCGAUGCUAACGAGUGAUGCGAGCAGCGAGGCGGUGGAGAUCAGCUUCCAGGAGUUCAAGAACGAGCUGCUGGAGAAGGGGCUCGUAGCCAAGGUGGAGAUCGUCAAUCGCAGCAAGGCCAAGGUCUACGUGUAUACCAACCGCCGCCCUGGGGCCGUUUCUGGUGCUGGUGCAGCUGCUGGUGCUGCUGGUGCUGCUGCUGGUGGUGUUGCUGGUGCGAGGGGCAAGGGGAGUGCGACGGGUGCUAGUGACGGUGUUGGGGAGGGUUAUGACGGGGAUGGAGAUGUGAUGUACUUUGAUGAUAAGCACGGGGAGUUUGACGGGCAUCAGCAGGGGGAGGCGGCGCAGGGGCGGGGGGAGGGGGGGUUGGGGGGAGGGGGAGGGGCGCGGGGGGUGAGGCAGCGGCGGAGGCAGGUGGAGCAGAUGGCGGCCUACCGGUAUUACUUCCAAAUUGGCAGCGUUGACUCGUUUGAACGCAAGCUGGAUGACGCUCAGAACGCCAUAGGCACUGACGGCCACAGCAGGAUUCCAGUGACUUAUGCUUCUGAAGUGAGCUGGCAACAGGAGCUGCUGCGUCUGCUCCCCACCGCCCUCAUCAUCGCUGCCUGGAUCUAUUUCAGCCGCGGCCUGCAGUCCGGCUUCGGCAUGGGCGGCCCGGGCGGCGCGGGCGGUGCCAAGGGGAUGUUCAACGUGGGAAAAGCAGCCGUGACAAAAAUGGACAAGCACAGCAAGAACAAGGUCUACUUUCGAGACGUCGCAGGGUGCGACGAAGCCAAACAAGAGGUCAUGGAAUUUGUACACUUUUUGAAAAACCCCGCUAAGUACCAGGCGCUCGGGGCGAAGAUCCCAAGGGGAGCGCUGCUGGUGGGGCCGCCAGGCACGGGGAAGACGCUGCUGGCCAAGGCGACGGCGGGGGAGGCGGACGUGCCGUUUCUGUCCAUCUCUGGGUCGGAUUUCAUGGAGAUGUUUGUGGGCGUGGGGCCGUCCCGCGUGAGAGAUCUCUUUGCUCAGGCUCGUGCCUGCAGCCCGAGCAUUAUCUUCAUUGAUGAGAUUGACGCGGUUGGCAGGGCCAGGGGCCGCGGGGGGUUUGCCGGGGGGAAUGAUGAGCGGGAGAAUACGUUGAACCAGCUGCUGGUGGAGAUGGAUGGGUUUACUACUACGUCAGGGGUUGUGGUUCUCGCAGGGACGAACCGGCCGGAUAUUCUUGAUCCCGCGCUGCUGCGGCCGGGCCGUUUCGACCGUCAGAUCACGAUUGAUCGUCCGGACAUCAAGGGCCGGGAGCAGAUCUUCCGGAUUUACCUGAGUCGGGUCAGUUUGGAUAAGGAGGUGGAGUUUUACUCGCAGCGGAUGGCGGCGCUGACGCCGGGGUUUGCGGGCGCGGACAUUGCGAACGUGGUGAACGAGGCAGCGCUCAUGGCGGCAAGGAAUGACCGCGAGGUGAUCCUGAUGCAGGACUUUGAAUCGGCGGUGGACCGCGUGAUUGGCGGGCUGGAGAAGAAGGGCAAGGUCAUAAGCGCUACAGAGCGCCGCACAGUGGCAUACCAUGAGGCGGGGCAUGCGGUGGUGGCAUGGUUCCUGCAGCACACGGAGCCGCUGCUCAAGGUGUCCAUCGUGCCACGUGGCACCGCGGCAUUGGGCUUCGCACAGUACCUGCCGAAUGAGAAUUUGCUGAUGACCAAGGACCAGCUCAUCGACAUGACUUGCAUGGCUCUUGGAGGGAGGGCAGCCGAGCAGGUGCUACUGGGCAGUGUGUCAACAGGAGCACAGAACGACCUGGAGCGAGUGACCAAGACGACCUACAACCGCGUUGCCGUGUACGGCUUCAGUGACAAGCUCGGCCUGCUCUCCUUCCCCAAGGCCACCAACAGCGAGGGCCUCGAGGGCCUCUCCAAGCCCUACAGCAAUGAGACGGCCGAUCUGAUCGACACCGAGGUGCGGGAGGCGGUGGACUCGGCGUAUAGGAGGACGCUAGAGCUGAUGGAGAAGCACCGGGAGGGGGUGGCGGCGGUGGCGGAGGAGUUGCUGGUGAAGGAGGUGCUGCAUCAGGAGGACCUGGUGAGGCUGCUGGGGCCGCGGCCAUUUAAGAAUGCGGAGAUGAGUAACUACGAGCGGUUCGUGCAUGGGUUUGAAGGAGGGAUGACGGACGGGGAAGGAGAGGGGAAGAAGGAGGAGGGGGAGGGGGAAGGGGAGAGAGGGGGGUAUGGGGUGGAAGGGGCGCCGGCGCUGGCAGUGGUGGGGAGAGAUGGGUGGAAUGCGGAGGAGAAGAACGAUGGGAAGAGCAUUUCUGGUAUUAGAUUGUGA